AUGCCCAUCCUGGAAAAAGCCUCCCGUAAGGUGGCAGCAAAAGCUCCCAGCAGCGAAGAGGAGCCGGAGCUGCCCAAACUGCCAGUGCCCCCGCUGCCGCAGACCCUGGCCACCUACCUGCGGUGCGUGAGGCACCUGGUGUCCGAGGAGCAGUUCCAGAAGAGCCAGGCCAUCGUGCAGCGGUUUGGGGCUCCCGGUGGCCUCGGCGAGGCCCUGCAGCAGAAGCUCCUGGAGCGGCAGGAGAAGACAGCAAACUGGGUCUCCAAGUACUGGCUGAACGACAUGUACCUCAACAACCGCCUGGCCCUGCCGGUCAACUCCAGCCCAGCUGUGAUCUUUGCCCGGCAGUGCUUCCAGGACACCAACGACCAGCUACGGUUUGCCGCCAGCCUCAUCUCCGGCGUGCUCAGCUACAAGGCCCUGCUGGACAGUCACUCCAUCCCCACCGACUCUGCUAAGGGCCAGCUGUCAGGGCAGCCCCUCUGCAUGAAGCAAUACUACCAGCUCUUCUCCUCCUAUCGGCUCCCCGGCCACACCCAGGACACACUGGUGGCCCAGAAAAGCAGCAUCAUGCCGGAGCCCGAGCACAUCAUCGUGGCCUGCUGCAACCAGUUCUUUGUCUUGGAUGUUGUCAUUAAUUUCCGCCGUCUCAGUGAGGGGGAUCUGUUCACUCAGUUGAGAAAGAUAGUCAGGAUGGCUUCCAACGAGGACGAACGCUUGCCCCCAAUCGGCCUGCUGACGUCCGACGAGAGGAGCAAGUGGGCCGAGGCCAGGACGGUCCUCCUGAAAGACUCCACCAACCGAGACUCGCUGGACAUGAUCGAGCGCUGCGUCUGCCUCGUGUGCCUGGACGCCCCGGGCGGUGAGGGGCCCAGCGACGCCAGCGCGGCCCUACAGCUCCUUCACGGCGGGGGCUGCAGCAGGAACGGGGCCAACCGCUGGUACGACAAGUCCCUGCAGUUUGUGGUGGGCAGGGACGGCGUCUGCGGCGUGGUGUGUGAGCACUCCCCGUUCGACGGCAUCGUCCUGGUGCAGUGCACGGAGCACCUGCUCAGACACAUGGUGAAGAGCCCCAAGAGGCUGGUCCGAGCCAACUCCGUCAGCGAACUCCCGGCCCCCAGGAGGCUGAGGUGGAAAUGCUCCCCCGAAAUUCAGGGCCACUUGGCAUCCUCGGCAGAAAAACUUCAACGAAUAGUAAAGAAUCUCGACUUCGCUGUCUAUAAGUUUGACAAGUACGGCAAAGAGUUCAUUAAGAAGCAGAAAUGCAGCCCUGAUGCCUUCAUUCAGGUGGCCCUCCAGCUGGCUUUCUACAGGCGCCACGGGAAGCUCGUGCCCACCUACGAGAGCGCGUCCAUCCGGCGGUUCCGGGAGGGAAGGGUGGACAACAUCAGGUCCGCGACCCCUGAAGCGCUGGCUUUCGUGAAAGCAGUGACUGACCACCAGGCUGCCGUGCCGGACUGCGAGAAGCUGCUGCUCUUGAAGGACGCCAUCCGCGCUCAGACCGAGUACACCGUGAUGGCCAUCACAGGGAUGGCCAUUGACAACCACCUGCUGGGACUGCGGGAGGUGGCCCGGGAAGUGUGCGAAGAGCUGCCCGAGAUGUUCACGGAUGAAACGUACUUGACAAGCAACCGGUUUAUCCUUUCUACCAGCCAGGUGCCCACGAGCAUGGAGAUGUUUUGCUGCUAUGGUCCUGUGGUUCCCAACGGCUACGGCGCCUGCUAUAACCCCCAGCCAGCCAGCAUCCUGUUCUGCAUUUCCAGCUUUCACGGCUGCCAAGAUACUUCUUCCAGCAAGUUUGCAAAAGCUGUGGAAGAAAGCCUCGUGGAAAUGCGAGACCUCUGCAGCCUGCCACAGCCUGCCAGGCCCAAAGCACCACCCACUGCGAAGGAAAAAGCUGCCACAUCUGGCCAGGGGCACAAAGUUUGA